UGAGCAGUUGGUUUGAACACGCACUUCGCAUCGAUCGUUCGCAUUAGGAAGGAUGAGGAAGCGUGUUGAAUAGGUCAAAUUAUGGCAAAGAGAAAGAUAAUUAUUGAUUGCGAUGCUGGCAUCGAUGAUGCACAAGCUAUACUGCUGGCCUUAUCUGCCCAAGACGUUGAGGUUAUUGCGAUCACAUGCGUUGCUGGCAAUACGCCUAUAGACAAAGUUUGUGUCAAUGUCCUAAAAGUGCUGGAGUUGUGCAAUAGCACAGACAUUCCUGUCUUCAAAGGAGCAUCUGGCCCGUUGCUUGGUGAUUUCAAGGGUUCUGCCUCCCAUUUUCAUGGUGUGGAUGGUAUGGGUGAUGUGGAAGACAUUCCUUACCCAGAUAUGUCAUUACUGAAAACAGAACAUGCUGUAAAUGCCCUAAUCAGGCUUGUUGGGCAACACCUUGGUGAAAUCACGUUGGUUCCCAUUGGUCCAUUAACCAAUAUUGCUUUGGCGUGCCGACUGGAUCCAAACAUUUCUUCCAAAUUGAAAGAUGUCUUUAUCAUGGGAGGAAAUAUUGAAGCCAAAGGCAACGAAUCUGUGAGUGCUGAAUUUAAUUUCCAUUUUGAUGUGGAAGCUGCUCAUGUCGUGUUAAAUCAGCUAACCUGUCCAGUUUCUCUCAUAACAUGGGAGGUUUGCCUCUACCAUGCAUUUCCUUGGGAAUUUUAUGAUGAGUACUCUGGACAAGGUACUAAGAAAUCAGAUUUUGUGAAGAAGAUUUCGAACAUGAGUGCUAUGUUUUACCAGAAAAAACAAACUGGUUUUGGAGAAGGGUACACUUCCUGUGAUCCUCUUGCCGUGGCAGUAGCUAUCCAACCGGAAAUGGUAACAAAGGAAACAAGUGUGUAUGCUACGGUAGAGCUUCAUGGGCAUUUAACCCGAGGUCAAAUGGUUGUAGAUUGGAGAGGACAUCUUGGACAGAAACCUAACAUCAAGAUCGUACAAGAGGUCAAUAUGGAAGUACAUAGGUCAUUGAUGAUGAAGUCUGUUCAAUAAAAAAACUGAUACACCUAGGCUAAAGUUAGAUGGCUUUCAGUUUCUUUAAGGUUGUUAACCAAUUUAAAAGACUGUUCACAUGGACAAGAAUUCAUCAAGAUCAUUGGAUGACACUCUUAAUUAAAUUAGUUAGUUUUAUUAAAAUAUACUGAUCUUGUUAAAGGAGCUCAGACACAUUAUUUUGAG